GAGUACAGGUGUUAUCAUAAUUCCACCAUUAUUCAGAUAAUAUUAAUACAUUUUAUGCAGAUUAGCUGAUAGCAUAAUUUUUUAUCCACUUGUUAUAUUCAAUAAUUUUAACAUUUGCUAGUUUUUCUUGAAUUUAUUAGAAAAUGGAAUAACACAGUUAGUCAGAAUUGUGUUGUGAGUUGUAGCCAAGUUUUUCCAGGAUUCCACAGUUUAUAAUUGAGAUUUAAGUGAAUUAUGUUAUAGUGAUAACCAUGGAUUAUACAGUGUAUUAUAUUUGGAUUACAUGUUUUAUUUCUUCAGUUUUUGCUGUGCAAGAAUUUACUGUUACUCCACAAGAUAAAAGAGUUGUUCAGGGAACCAGUGUUACAUUUGAAUGUAAAGUGAAAAACCAAGUUGGAAGAAUUCAGUGGAUAUAUAAUGGAGAACCAUUAGGAUUUGAUCCUAGUAUUCCUGCCUUUACCCGGUAUUCUGUUAUAACCAACACAGAUGGGGACAUCAAUGAGUUUAAUCUACAUAUUGUCAAUACUCAGUUGUCAGAUGAUGGAAGCUUUGAAUGCCAGGUUUUACCCAGUGAUGGCAAUCCUCCACUCAGAGCUUACGCUACCCUGACAAUACUAGUUCCGCCAGACAUUGUGGAGAUUGAUGGCUAUAGUAAUGGUACUAAAGUGGAUGUGAAUGAAUCCACACCGCUACUACAGUUAACUUGUCACGCUAAGAAUGCCAGACCUGGUGCAGGAAUAGAAUGGUAUAAAAAUGGACGACUUGUUACCACAAAUAUCAUUAAUACUACUGAACCAAUCACAGUUGAUAAAAGGGAGAACACAAAAAGUGUGAUAUCAAUACGAGGAGAUCUGAGGAACGAGCAACAAGGAGCAGUAUACACAUGUAGAGCUACACAUGAAGCUAUCACAAUCUCAACAUUACAGACUAUGGUGACACUUAAUAUUCUUUAUCCCCCAGCCAUUCCUAUUAUAACAGGGUACCAGUCUAAGAGUCCUGUAAGAGCAAAGGAUACAGUUCGUAUGAUCUGUGAGUCAGUAGGAGGGAAUCCUGCUCCACAAGUUGUUUGGUUUAAGAAUGAUAAGAAGUUAGACUAUUCCUUUAGUAUUGGUCAUGGAAAAUCUACAAAUGAGUUGACAUUUACUGCUGAUCCUUUAGAUAAUGAUGCUAUUUAUAGAUGUGAAUCGUCCAAUCAGGCAACACAGUUACCUCUGACAACACAAGUCACUCUUGUUGUCCAUUUUCCUCCAAAGUCUGUGACCAUCACAGGACAGAAGUUAGGGAAGGCAGGAGAGCAGAUACAACUCAAAUGUACAUCCUCAAAUACUAACCCUCCAACUAAUCUAGCAUGGCUGUCUAAAGGACUGACCGUGGCUGGGGCUAACGAACAGGUGGAAGCUUCUGAUCAGGGAGGUUACAUCACUACAUCAACCUUAACUGUUACCCUAACAAACCAGGAGCCUACUGUGUUGUUUAUGUGCCAGGCAGCUAAUUACAGUACUGUGGUCAGCACAAUAGAACUAAGUGUUUUGUACCCCCCCGGAAGACCUACUAUAGAGGGUUAUAACCCCAAUGAUUUUGUUGCUGCAGGCUCUGCCAAAAGCCUGAAAUGUGUAUCCAGUGGUGGUAAUCCAACUGCUACCUUAAAGUGGUUUAAAGGUAAUGAAGAAUUGACCUCUGAACCUCAGGUGAAUGUAGGAAAUGUGGUGACAUCAGAUUUGAUUUAUGUUCCCAAACCUUCAGAUAACCAAGCAGAAAUUAAAUGUACAGCAUCAAAUGAAGCUACAUCUGUUCCUUUGGAAAGAAAACUGACCAUUACUGUGUAUUUUCCACCCAUGUCAGUUAAUAUCACUUUUUCGCCUCCUGAACCUAAAUCCGGUCAAGUUUUACGCCUGACAUGUACCUCUGGACCAAGUAACCCUGCAGCUUCCAUUAUCUGGGUGAAGAGUGGUACCAGGAUGAGAGGGACUAACCAGGGAAACACUCCAUCAGACCAUGGUGGAUAUACUACAACAAAUAUCCUAGAGAUAGCAAGUCCUUCAUAUGACGAUCAUGGAGCUGCCUUCUUCUGUGAAGCUAAAAACCUGGUCCUGGAUAAAGGAUGGUCAGAUGCAGUCACACUCAAUGUUAAAUUUAAACCCGUAUUUAAUGCCUAUGCUACCCAUCACAUAGAGAUAGUAGAAGGACAGAGUGCGACCUUGAACAUGACAGCCCUGGGAAAUCCUAUUGACCUUACAUACAGUUUAUACAAGGAUGGUGUGGAAGCUUCUUCCUCAGCUGUGGACAUCAGUAAUGGCAUACUGGAACUGUCUAGUAUAGCUAAGAGUGAUUCCGGGUCCUACUCACUGAAGUCAGAAAACACUCAAGGGGCAACAUAUCACAACUUUACUAUUAAUGUUACAUAUCCUGCCUCUAUUACCACUAUUACAGAAGAAGUCAGUAAAGGUGUUGGUGGAAUAGCUUAUUUUGAAUGUGAGGCUGAAGCCAAUCCAUUGGUCCCUAACAUGAUCACAUGGUCUAGACAAGGCUUUGAUAUGACUAAAACUAAGCAGACAUAUGAUUCCUCUGGUAAAAGUUACCUUACCGUGACCGAGCUAGCCAAAGAGGAUUCUGGGAUGUUUACAUGUACAGCAGACAACAGAAUAGGUUCUCCAUCAACCAAAGAGGCCAAACUUAUUGUUGUUUUUGACCCCAAGAUAGAUAAGUCACCACAGUAUGCCAAGGCUGCAGGGGACCAAGGUGACACAAUUGAAUUGAUGUGUAAAGCUGAAGGAUCACCAGAAGUCCAUUUCAAAUGGAAAAAGGAUAAUGGAGAGAUUUCUAAUGGAGGCCAGUUUCAAGUUUACAGUAAAUUUCUAGAGGGUAACCUCUAUCAAGGAGAACUGAAGAUAGUAAAUGUAGUGAAAGCUAACUAUGGAAGUUACAUAUGUGAAGUGGCCAAUAAAAAUAUGACAGUCACAGACAUGUUUACAAUAAAUGUGGAUGGAACCAGUAUUCCUGAUGCUCCGUACGACUUAAAGUUCAUCAACUCUACACACGACAGUAUAACGGUCGCAUGGAAACCGGGAUUUAAUGGUGGAUUAACACAGACUUUUAUUGUCAUAAUACGUAAAUCUAACAUGAAUACCAAGACAACCAUAGAGCUUAAAGAGGAAGAUGGUACUAUCUAUUCUAUCAAAGGUUUAGAAAGAGCUACAGAAUACACCAUUGCAGUGAAGGCCAAGAAUGACCAUGGUCCAGCCUCAUCUUCUCCUGUACCUAUACAAGCUAAGACUUUGUUGUCCGCACAGGAAGGAGAUAAUCAGCUAGCCCAGUCAGAUGACGAUGACAUGCCAGUGAUAAUUAUACUGGUUGUCUGUAUCGUUGGGAUCUUUUUACUGGCUCUUAAUAUUGGACUGAUACUGUUCUUUGUUAGGAAGAGAAAAAAGAGAUUAGAAAGUAACAGUGAUACAACUAGUCAUACCAAUACUAUAGAGUUAUAUGGACCAAAUAAGGAAGCCAAUAUGUAUCCCAUGACUCCAUCAGAUGACGGUAGGAGUUAUGGAACUUAUGAGAAGAAUAUGGAUGGCUUUUCUGAUGACUACAGUAAUUAUGAGCAAAAUGAUGGUAAAAGUACAAGUACAAACAGUUCUCAUUGUAAUUGUUACCAGAUCAAGGUCGGAGUAAGAUCAAGUGUACGAGGGAUAAAGGGAAACUGUUGUCUUCCACACGACUCAUCAGGGGACGAAGAUGUUAAGCGUGUGUUCCUGCCUCCACCAGCGUAUCAGAGUAGGCAGUACACACCCAGUAAAUCUGAAUCUCCAAUUAUGAACCAUAAAACAUUCCUUUCUGAUUCUAGAACUUAUUUAGAUGAGCCAGAUAGACAACAAUGGAGAUAUGAAGAUCCAUAUAAGAAUAAUAGUCGAGGUAAAGGUUCGUUUGAUGACUUCAUAGACAAUGGCUAUGAUGAUGAUACACGACCAAAAAGUACAACAGAUUUUUCUGACAGAUCAAGUCGGACAACAUCCAGUAGUAGACUGGGCGGUAAAACUCCACCCCCUCAGCCUCCUGUCAGAUCAUCCAGUAAAGGGGCUACAAAUCAUUAUUCUCAAUCACCAGUCCCACCUCUACCUGCCAGAAACUAUGACUUGGAGGAGUUACCUCCACCUUUUGAGGAUGAACGAUAUGUUCGUCCACCAGGAGGAGAAAAUUAUUCCACAAACAUUAUACCAAAUCCUUCCUAUAAUGGACCAAUAUCUCGAGCCCCCUCUCGGACAUACCAAGAAGAUGACAUGAGGGGCCAUCUUGUGUAGCAGUCUGUCUGUGAUUCUUGCCUUUGUGAUUUAGUUCUGGUAGAACCAGCGUAUUAUGUACAAGAAUCAUUCCAAAAAUAUCUCAAUAUUAUCUUCAAAUCUUGGAU